AACGUUUAGCCUCUGGAAUCUGUCAGCUCAGCGUAGCCAAGAUUCUUUUAAUACCUCCAAAUAUUCCCGUGUUCUUUUUUUCUUUUGUUUCGCUUUAGAGAUUUAAACCAUUUCUAAACUGUCAUCAAACUUGGUUUCCAACUUUGUGGCGUGUUUAAUUGAAGGAAAGAGCAGAAUGUCGAGCAGUACUUCAAAGCGUAAAGAAGAAAGUCAUUUGGCGAAUGGAGGUGUAAAACAGUCCACAUGGAGCAAAGCUUUCUGCAGUACUGCUGUUUGGGAAGAAAAGGAUGAGUUUUUAGAUGUGAUUUAUUGGCUCCGACAAAUUAUUGCAGUAAUCCUUGGUGUGGUAUGGGGUGUUGCACCACUGAAAGGAUUUCUGGGAAUAGCCAUUUUCUGUGUCAUCAACGCUGGUCUCCUGUACCUAUACUUCAGCAGCUUUCAGCAGGUUGAUGAAGAGGAAUAUGGAGGGACGUGGGAGCUCACCAAAGAAGGCUUCAUGACAUCUUUUGCUCUGUUUCUGGUGGUGUGGAUAAUCUUUUACACAGCUCUACAUUUUGACUGAGAGGAAUUCACAAAGAAUUAAAACAAACGUUUCUGUUGAUUUAAAUUGAAGAAACUAAAGAACUUCAUGGUGGAGGAAUCUCAGUUCUCCGUACAUACAUGGACCUCGGUGUGCAGUGCGCCAUAGGAAUCGUGGUGCACUGAACAAUUUCCAGCAAGAACACAGUGAUGAACAAAGUCAAAUGCUGUACAUCUCUAAUUUGAGGCUCUCCUUUUUAAAAAAAAUACAUUUUGCAUUAUUUGUCUUACCAUGCUACAUUUCAUGAGCGGAACAGUAAAGUUACAGAGCAAGGCGACUAAAAGUCAUAAUUUUGUUAUUAGAGUGAAACAACGCUGUAUUUAAUAAAUUUGUUUUGUAUCAUCACUCCUUAGUGCCGUUUUAAAGUUUUACUUUUAAAUGGUUGUUGCCUGUUUAGAAAAUGGGAAUCAACGUUAUCAGCUGCUGCAUGUGUUGCAGUUUUUAACAUAUUAAAAUGAAAUUUUUAUUAGGACAGUUUUGUCAGAUGUGUAAACAGUAAAAAAAUUGUAAGUAAUCAGAGCUGAUAUUUGACAUUAACAUCAAAACAAUUGCUGGCAGUCAUGACCAUGGUGGUUUGUUUCCAGUCUUAAUGUUUCAACAUGUUGAGUCUCACUAAAAUCUAUCCAAGAGGACAAAACUUGCCUGUUGUGAUAACAUGCAAAUGUGCAGUUUUUGGGCUGAACUUGAUCUUUGCACUGCCAUGAUUUACUUUCAGUGUCUGUCAUUUAAUUAAAAAAAUUAAAUUUAAUAAAUAUUUAAUUUUAGUUUCUCACAAGUAGCUUUCGCAUAAUUUUUUUUUGUCAAAAUUGAAACUAAUUUAAAGUCUGUACUAUGUUCUGUUUGUCAGAUCCAACUUGUAUUACAGAUUUAUUUGUAUUAUAUCUUGAUGGAUGUAACAUAUUUCUCAGUAUUUUAUUGGGAAGAGCUUUGGAGAAAGAUCUUAUGAUACUGUUAUAUGUGAUAUGCAGCUGGCGUUUUGAAAGGAUUGUAUUUUCUGAUCAAAUCUGUUGGAAUCAUUAAACGUGGGCUUCAU